UGGUAAUAUAUGUACAUGAACGUUAAGCUAGAUUAUAACCCACUCGUAACGAAUGGAGCACGGGCGGUGGGGAUACUCACCUUAAGAGUAAAAGAAGUAAAAGACUGUCCAAUUCCGAAGUUAUGCGUGUGGAUGAGAUAAAGAACUUACGGCGACACAAUAACACGUUGAUUCCGAUUUACAUUAUCAUCACGAUGCAAUACGAUGAUAUUGUGCCAGAAGAUGGACCCCAGCCAGACAUGGUUUUUGACGGUGUGGUACCUGAUGCUGGCGAUCUUACCCAUCGGCCCUCUUUGGAUUCUGUUUUUGAUAUUAGUCCUAUGAAAAAAACGAACGAAAUUUUAGUUGAAAAAAUGUUGCAAGGUUUAAGCGAAAUUGACUUUUCGAUUCAAAGAAAGACCGAAGCCCUGGAAAACUUGGACGUCACCAUACAAAUUGUUAAUUACAAAAUAGGUGAAGCGACGCAAGAGUUUAAAACGAAAAUUGGCGAAAUGCAAAAUCAAAGGAGCAGACUGUUGAGUUCGAUUGACAACAAGUCAGAACUAUCUCUCAUUAUCAAUGAUCUUGAUAAGAAAAUUUCUGAUUUAGAAAAAGAACUUGACUAUAAAUGCAAAAGUUUCCGCCAAGAAAAAAUUGCGUUUCAACAACAAGCCGAGGCAUUAAUGUUUCAACUAGAUGAAGAUGCAGAGUUGAUGGAAGACCGACUUAAAGACCUAAAAGCAGAACUUGAUGUACAAAUGGGGACCCUGUAUAGGGCACACGUUGUUCUAAUAAAUCAAAAAUUUACCCCAAUGAUUGAACAGCUGGAGCAACAUCUGCUAUAUUACCAGAAAUUGAAGCAAACAGAAUGGAAGGUUGAGCAUACUGACAUGAAAUUAACAGAAAUUCUUCAGGACAAAGGCAUUGAAGUUACACCUUCUGGUAAACUGCUCACGCGUACAGGCAGUGUCAUGACGUUUGGAGAAGCUCAAGAGAAAGGUUACUUCAAAGAAGUCAGUAUUUCACUGGACAAAAUCCUACAGUUUUUCAAAGAGCGUGAACAACAGCAGCAAGCCAUUGACCAAAUCGGUCCUCCAGAUGUUUCCAUCUCUAGUGAAGCCAGUACAACUGAAAGCAAGAUGUCAACUGAAGAUGUUAAAUAUUUAAAGCAGUACGUCGGCAAACCUUUAACUCUUGCUUUAGCUGAGAUAACUGCCAAACAACCCAGAGAUCCUAUACAUUAUCUGGGCCAUUAUUUGUUUAAAUACAGAUAUAACCAAGAGCUUGAGGAAGUACGAAAGAGGGAAAUUGAUGAACUCACUGCGGAGAGGAAAGUACUAGCGGAGGAGCGAUGGAAACGGUUUGUCGAAGAGGAAGCCAGAAACGCCGUAAUGGACAUGAUCAUACGCGCAGAAAACAUCGCUUUACAAAAUGAACUAAAGAGAAUUGAAGAACAACAACUAAGAGCUUUAGAAGAGGAAGAAGGAUUUUAUAGCUCGGAACACAACACAAUACUCGACGAAGCAAAAGAUUGAUUUGUAUAACGUAUACUCACAUGUAUCGCCCUUGAUUGAUUCACUACGACUUUCCACAAGAGCAUCUUCAAAAUCUUCCAUUUUACGUUGCUCCACCACGUUACCUGUGGAAUUAAAUUGUACUUUACAUCCAUUUCUAAAUAAACUCUCUAUCAAAAAUAA